GAUCGGCGGUCGCCCGCAGCCUCGGUAGUCCAGCAAAUGCCUUGGCUGUAUAGGCGUUGACUCGUUUCUCUGAUUUCGCCUGCUAGUCGAUACAUUCCUUUGAAUUGUCCUGGUAAUAUUUCUCCUUUAAUCCAGUCAAAUUAACUCACGACACCAUGGCUCUCAGCGAUGCCGACGUGCAAAAGCAGAUCAAGCACAUGAUGGCUUUUAUUGAGCAAGAAGCCAAUGAAAAAGCAGAAGAAAUCGAUGCAAAAGCUGAAGAAGAAUUUAAUAUUGAGAAGGGUCGUCUUGUUCAACAACAGCGUCUAAAAAUCAUGGAGUAUUAUGAAAAAAAAGAAAAGCAGGUCGAACUGCAAAAGAAAAUACAAUCUUCAAACAUGCUUAAUCAAGCUCGUCUGAAGGUGCUUAAAGUUCGUGAAGAUCACGUUCGUAAUGUGUUAGAUGAAGCUAGAAAAAAAUUAGGUGAAAUAACUCGUGAUCCCAAACAUUAUAGCCAAAUUUUAAAGUUACUCAUUAUCCAGGGCUUGUAUCAACUCCUGGAAUCACAUGUUUUAAUUCGUGUUCGCCAAGCUGAUGUUGGUCUCACAGAAUCAAUUCUUGAAUCCAUCCAACAAACUUAUAAUGAAAUAUCUAAGAAGGAAGUACUUAUCAAAAUUGACCAAGACAACUUCUUAUCUGCUGAUAGUUGUGGCGGUAUUGAACUGCUUGCUGCUAAAGGCCGCAUUAAAAUCAACAAUACCUUGGAGUCGAGACUAGAAUUGAUUGCACAACAGCUUGUACCUGAAGUUCGUACAGCUCUAUUUGGGCGCAACCCCAAUCGCAAAUUCACUGACUAAAUGGGUCUUGCUCUUAUACGCCUAUGUCUCUCAGAAACAUUCCUUUUUGCAAAACUGACAAAGUAUAUUGAACUUUGCCUAUUACAUUCGAAUUAGAUGUGACACGUUCACUAAAUUUGCCGCCAGAAUACACUUUAAUCAUUGCAACAAGGCAACGAAGCACACAAGAGUACUACAUUUCUGUUUUGUUGAAUGAAAAAAUCAUGCAUUCACAAAGUUAUAAUUCAUUUCUAUCUUAAUCAAUAACUGAUUGCACAGAUGUAUAUUUGUAGGCAAUUAUUAUUGCUAUUUAUGGGACUUUUUCUUCAGUUUGCUUUACCAAUACUACGAAUAGUAAUUAUCGCUGUCCUCCAAUAAUACGAUUAACGUAUUUCCUAUUUAUAAACGAACCGUACAUUGAAAAAAGAGAAUCCAUACAUUACAGAAACUAUGUAAAUUAUUUUUCAUAUAGAUUGUAAAAUGACAGACUUUGUUUAACAACACAUUGUUCAUGUUUUUCAAAGAAAUAUUUGUGCAAUUUAAAUUAGAUCUGCCAGUGAAUGUAUAUACGUUCUUGUAAAGGAUAUCAUUUGAGUUAAAUGUGCAAAAGCAAUGUAUUUAACGGAAUGUUCCUUGAAUAUAAAUUACAAAAAUAUGUUCUAUUUUUUUUCUUCUGAAACUUUGUGUACUGUUUAUUCCUACAUAAUUCUGGUAGCAAUAUUGCCAAAUGGUGAAAUUUAUUGAUAGUCAAAUAAGCUGACUGUACCACCCAAUUUGGGUAUUUAUAAAAAGAUGACGAGCAUUGGUAAACCAUUUUGAAAAUGGUUGUGAUUAAAAUUAAUCAGUUUUGUAUCCAAUAAAUACCUGUUCAAUACAAGUUUUCAAGCCUAAAGCCACUGGUUGCUAUGCAAAAUGCUAAAUAAUUUAUGCAGUUCUCACAACUGAAGUACAUCCGUAAGGAUUGUGCAAAGUAAUAAAUUAUUAGGUAUUCAAUAUUUCAUUCAACAUAAAAGUAUUUAUCAAAUUUAAACAUACUCUCCUCUGGCAACGAUACCGGUAUGAUAACAAAUGCCAUUAACAAGUGUUUGAAUUUUAUAUUUUGUUGUGAGUUUAGCUAUCUGUAAACGGAUAUGCAAAUGCAUACAUUCUAUAAACUUAACGAAUUACAUUCUCUAUUAUUCGUCAAUAUAAUUAAUAAACGAGAUGAAUGAACAAUUAAAACAACUGACACAUGUAAGCGUUAAAAAUUCGUAAUAAUAGAUUCGUUACGUCUUAUUGGUAUUUGGGUAUGGAAUGCUUGCAGACAAUAGCGUAAGCUUUAAUUUCUUUCGUUAGAUCACGUUAAACGUUACACUGUAUGAAAGAUAGUCUACGCGUAUAUCUAUAAUUGCGCCUGUUUCAACGUAUACAGAAUAAUUAAUGUUUAUUGUAAAUAUGUAUGUAACUCGAUGUAUAAUAAAAAGUUGAGAUAGCCGAUUAAAUAAACGUUCAAAAUUCUCGCCAA